UUGUUUGCAGUGUCUAUGGAUGUGGCUCGUAUUAAUUCAUUCAUAAAAAUGGCGGAUAGACUCACGCAGUUGCAGGAUACUGUUAACCAGCAAGCGGAGCAUUUUUGCAAUGCGAUAGGUGUCAUUCAACAAACAUCUUACCCAAGUAAGUUUGCCAAUUUCGACAGAACUGGAUCGCAAACUCCAACUUCCAAUCAACCACAAGAAGAUUAUGCUCAGCUAUUCGCGCAAUUAAUUGCAAGAUGUGCCAAGGAUAUUGACACUUUAAUAGAAUCAUUACCAAAUGAAGACAGUUCUAUUGAGUUACAAAAUUCUAGCCUUAAAAGGCUAGAAAUUGAAAAUCAAGAAACAGCCCUUCAACUUGAAGUUGUGGUACAAAAAGGAGAGCUUUUACUGGAGAAAAUUCAGUCUGCUUUGGAAAAUAUUGCUCAAGCUCAGUUGGACAUGCAAACAACACAUAAAUCUAGUUUUCACUAAAGACAAAGAUUGUUUCUUAACUUAACUCAUGUAUUUAUUCUUAAUGUUUAUUUUAAUAUUUACAAGCCUGUAGGUAUAUUUAUCUACAUUACUUUAUCUUAAAUAACUUGUAACUUAAUUAUAAUUGUUCUAUAAAUUUUAAAACAGUAUUAUUACUCUUAUUACGUGUAUGUCUUAUAUUAAAGAGGAAUUGCGAGUAUAAUAAAUAAAACUAUCUGCA